AUGGCGAUGGCUUUGCGAUUCCUGCGGCCGCUGCGGGGCGUCCGCGCCUUUGCGGCGCAGCCCAUCAAGUGCAAGGCCGCUGUGGCGCGCGGCGUCAACGAUCUGCGGGUGGAGGAAGUCACCGUGGCUCCACCAGGGCCAAGAGAGGUUCGGCUGAAGGUCCAUUCCAACGCCUUGUGCCAUACCGACAUCUAUACGUUAUCGGGACAAGAUCCCGAGGGCCUCUUUCCCAGCAUCCUCGGUCACGAGGCGGGCACUGAGGUGGAAAGUGUCGGCGAAGGAGUGGUAGGUGACUGCAUCUUUUGCUUCCCGCCGCGUGGCAAGCGCACCAAUCUGUGCCCCAAGAUCCGUGGCACACAAGGCAGUGGAGUCAUGCCGGAUGGCACCAGCAGGUUCACCGAUUCCAGCGGAGCGGAGAUCAAGCACUUUAUGGGGUGCUCCACCUUCUCUGAGUACACUGUGGUUGCAGACAUCUCCUGUGCCAAGGUCUCCGACACGGCGCCCUUGGAUGUUUGCUCCCUGCUGGGUUGCGGCGUGUCGACUGGCCUGGGCGCUGCUUGGAACACCCUGAACGUCGAGGGCGGCUCCAGCGUCGCGGUCUUCGGCCUGGGCGCAGUUGGCCUCUCUGUGAUACAAGGCGCGGCGAUGCGCGGCGCGGCGCGCAUCUUCGCAGUCGACACGAACCCGAAGAAGUUCGUGAUGGCAAAAGAGCUGGGCGCGACAGACUGCGUCAACCCCAAGGACUAUGACAAGCCCAUCCAGCAGGUGCUCGUGGGCAUGACAAAAUGGGGUGUUGACUACACCUUUGACUGCACCGGCAACACGGAGGUCAUGCGAGCGGCUCUGGAGAGCGCGCACCGCGGCUGGGGCGAGAGCUGUGUCAUCGGUGUGGCGGCUGCCGGAAAGGAGAUCAGCACACGACCCUUUCAGCUGGUUACGGGCCGCAAGUGGACCGGAACGGCCUUUGGCGGCUUCAAGGGCAGAUCUGAGGUUCCGCCGCUGAUCGAUGCUUAUGAGUCUGGCCGGCUGAAGUUGGACCACUACAUCACUCACCGCUUCAAGGGUGUGGAAGGCAACCUGCAGGCCGUGGAGGCCUUGCACUCCGGGGAGUGCCUUCGUGCAGUGGUGACCUACUGA